AUGAAAGCUGUCAUUCUUUUACUUGCUCUCAUUGCUCUCCUUUUUACUAUCCACAACUCUAACGCCUGCAGCUGUGAUAAAUGUCUUUGCUCUGGCAACUCUCAAUGUCCAGUUCCAUUAAAACAAUAUCAAGCUCAUGUCAGAAAUUUGACAUGUAGUGCAGGAAGUCACUUUGAAAGAUUAAAUUUAUACAUCGAUUCUCCACAACAAAACAGCUCAUUCUACUAUGAUACCUACUCUGAAGUUGAAUAUAACAAGUAUGUCUCUGGUAAGAGUGCUUCUUCUGUUUACUCAACCAUGUUUCCAGUGGCUUGUUCAGGAUUAGAUGCCAAGUCUGCAAGUAUUUCUCCAUAUAAUAAGUUGUUUUUGGUGAUCUCUUGUGGAACUGAUGGAGGUUGUAUGGCAAGAUAUGCAAUUACUCAGAGUUGCUCACCAGAUCACUAUUUGACUGCCAAAUUGCCAAAGGUUUCGUUUAAUUCUGGAGAAGUGUUCUCACUUGAUGUUACCUUUUCGAAUGUGAAUUAUUCAAUGCCAGUCACUUUGAGUUUAGAUGAUUCUAGUGUUACAUUGAAUGGAGUUAGUACUAGACAAUUGACUGAUGGAAAGGUUACAUUCUCUGGAUUAUCACUCAACUCUCAAACAAGCAAGAGUUCAGUAUAUAUUUUUGUAAAAGGUAAAUACUUGGAUACUGAAGUCAUUGGUGGUGGAAGUGUUAGUAUUGGAGCUGGUUCUACAUCCACUGGAAGACAAAAUUCAACAACUGGUUCAUUUUCAUUGUCUUUGAUUGUAAUUGCAAUUGUUGCCAUGUGUGGAUUAAUUGUUUAA